GCGCAGAGUGACGUCACGAAAGUAGUAAGAGGACGUGACCAAAACAAAUAUGGCGCCCUCCUCAACGACAAGAAGCGUGUUGAAGCCAACAGUGAACGUUUCCUCUGCCGUUCUCUAAUGAUCCUUCCUAUGAACUAAUUCAACUCAUCAAUGAGAAAUCUACGUUAACCGAUCGCGUUGCAGUUCACAAAUGAAAGCAAAAAAAACGAACAAACCACGAAAAUGUCUCGAUGCAGUCUGUUUAUUGCUGGACGUCAAUUUCCUCUUCGUCCACACAGUAGUCCGCACUGUCCUGGCGGUGUAUCACUUUAUAAUCAACCUGCCAGCAUUGUUCGUGUACUCCAUCCUGGAGCUUGGCAACUUGGGACUUCUCUGCUUGCUCUCCACGGCGGAGGCAGCGUCCCACAUCGCCCAAAGUGCGACGGCCGUGCUGGGCCGCUUCAUGCUGUCUCUGGAGGGACUUCUAGAGAGCUUGAAGAUGGUGGGCUACCUGUUGACGCAUGUACUGCUCCGUGGCAAGGAGCAGCUGUGUCGGGGGCUGCUGUCGCUGCUGGAGGCUUGCAGCAUCGCGCUCAACCUCCUGGUCUACCUGGUCAACACGGGGGUCAACUACGCCCUCAUCGCCGCCCUCAACGUCUCCUCGGCCGUGCUCAGCGUGUGGCAGACGGUUUCCAGCCCGCUGCAGAUGGCGCUGGAGCUCACGCUGACUUUCCUCACCUUCCUCUACAGCAGCCUGAUCGGCACGUCCGCCUUCCUGUGGUCACCCUUCAAGCUGGCUUUGGACUUUCUGGCAUCACUGCUGCACAUCUUUAUCAGCAUCUUCAUACUCAACACGUAUGGCCUGGCGCUCACCGUCGGCAUAGCGCUGGCAACAACAGCCUACCUUAACCCAGAAGUCACCACGCAGGCCUCACAAAGAAUCGCGGCUUGUGUCAACGCCUUCCCGUCAAUCCAGAGACUUUCCACGGCGCUCCGUUCAGCUCUCCGUUUAUUACGAGGCGUCCUGCGGCACCUGCGCCGGGUGAUCCUUCAACUGUACCUGUUGGAGAGAAGAAUCUGGCGACAGCUGUCUCGCCACAGCAGCCAGUUGAGCCUGGCGCUGAGGACGCAGCUCCACAGGGAGAACCGAGUGGGCGGCGAUCCAGACGGCGAGGAGAUCAGACGAGACCCGCCCGACGGCAGGGCGGGAGACCACCAAGAGGAGCGUCCGGCAUCGGCGUCAUCGAGCGAGGCGAGACCUCUGAAGGCGGAGCGGCUGUGCCGCCCCCCGGCGGAGAACUUGCUGACGCUGCUGAACGAGCAGGAGCAACGCAAGAUGUGCGUCAUCUGCCACGACUGCGCCAAAACCGUGGUCCUGCUCCCGUGCAGGCAUCUAUGCUUGUGUCGAGGCUGCACCGACAUCCUUCUGCAGCAGCCCUUCUACCAGCACAACUGCCCGCUGUGUCGCCGCAUUAUUUUCGACACCAUCGAGGUGUACCUUUGAGACGGCACAAUAAUUCCCCUUCCACAUUUAGAUCACCACUAAAAAGGUCCUUUUUUCCCCCCUCAACGAGGAUCGUCUCUAGCUUCACUGUGACCUUGAAAUAGCCACUUAGUCAUUGGCCUCCGUUUUCAUUGAAGAAUGAUUGACGAAAUUAUAUUAACAUCCAAUCUGCAAACUGUAACGAAACGGAAUUAUUCUGUCACAUUGUUGCGUCUGCUUCAGUUUUGAGGUUUAAAUGUUCUCCGCCAUACUUGUGUUUUCUGAGUGCUCACUCAUGAACUUCCUGGAUCUUAUGUUAAAAAGAGAACAGAAAAUGUGUACACAAGCAAGUGAAAAUGGCUGACUGUUAAGUUGAUUUGGGCUGUGAGACAGGCUUGAAUGAAAACAUCAUUUUUGUGCAAAAAAAUGAUGGACAUUUGGUUUGGGGUGAUCACAUGUUAAAGAAGAUGCAUUUAGAAAAGAAAUAUAACAGAAAAUAAUUUGCCAAGAUGACUGAGCCUAUACUGCAUGGAUGUAUGUGGAAAGAGAACAAAAGUGGUGCUUUUGUCAGCCUCAUUGUAACAUUGCGAAGCCUUUAAUAUAUUUGUUUGUUUUUGUUUUAACAAUUGUGGCUAGGUAUUCUCAGAUCCAAAAUAAUUUUAUUUAAAUAAUGAUUAUUUUAUUUUCAACCACUUAACCUGAUAUUUGCCACGAAAUGUCUUGAUUUGUAUUUUUUCCUCUUUUCUCCUUUCUUAUUAUUAUUUUUUUUUUUUUUAAACACAAACAAUCCUUAAAUCCACAAUGCCAGUUGUUUUUGAAGUUUGGUGUUGAAUCCGUUUACAAUGCUCAGAGAAUCAUUGUGUUGUUUUUGGUAUGUGCAGAGUGCUAUCAACCUUUUGAAUUGUUUUUCCAAUGUCGGAUGACCUUAUAUAAUUUUGUUGUUGCUUGCAUUGUGAGUGACGCUCAAGAAUAUGUUAGCUACAUCCUCUUCAGGUAUUUGUAAAAGGCAGUUGGAGUAUGUCAUUCCUACAAAUGCAGCAAAGGAGCAAGUGUUCAGUGUAAAAGAAAUGAGACAAUGUGAUUUGCAGACUUGAAUGUAACUCAACUGAGAUGGAGAAUAGAGUCUUUUCCUAAUAAAACAGCAGCAAAUAAAUUGUCA